AUGGUGUACCUGCAUCAUCAUGUGGUGUGGGCAUGGGUGCUUGUUGCCUCCCAAGUCAGGAUAUCAUCCGGUCCGGGAGGACAGCUGCAGGGCCGGAUCCCAGCCGAGGCGAGACCCUGUCCCGCCGUGCCGCGCCGUUAUCGAGACGCGGCCUUGGCUUCAAAGGGGAAAAAGACGAAGUUCACCAGGACGACAACCGCGACUGUCUCGGUUGAUGAUACCAAUGCUUUCGCACACAAGUACUUGCUCAAUUACGGAAUCCCUGUAGAAGAUCUCAAAAAACACAGCUGGAAAAUCUCUGGCUUUGAGAAAACACUGACUCUGAGACUGUUCGGUGUAGAAAGCGAUACGUUUACUGCCGGUGGUCAUGAAUGGAACAUCCUUUGUCGUCCUCAAAAUUGUGUCCAAGAAGAGGAAGUCAACGUUUCAAUUUACUUGAACUGCAAAGGUCCAAAACAACUGGCCAAAAAUUGGCAUGUUUGCGCCCAAUUCAUUUUUGCGAUUUCCAACCCGAACGAUGGAACGUGCUACCUUCAGCAUGGGGGCAAAGCACGAUUCAGUGACUCCACUCAAAUUUUGGGAUUCUCAAAGUUUGCUGAGCUGGAUAAACUCCUUGGCCCGGACGACUCACGCGUUAAGCCUAUCAUCGAAAAUCACGAGGCUGUUGUAACUGCGUUUGUCCAAGUGUUUAAAGACGAAACGGGAUUCCUAUGGCAUGAUUUUGUCAACUACGACUCGAAAAAAGAAACAGGCUAUGUUUCUUUGAAAAACCAUGGAGGUGCAGGCUACCUGAACCCUCUAUUGCAGCUUCUCUUCUCAAACACUUACCUUCGCAAAGCUGUCUACCAAAUUCCAACCGAGCACGAUGGUCCGGAUUCAGUAGCCUUAACUCUUCAGCGCAUCUUCUAUGAAUUGCAGACAUCCGAUAAAGCUGUUGGGAUAGCCCAGUUGACGAAGUCAUUAAUAGCGUGGAAGCCGUUGGAUGUCUCUCAGUCACAAGUCGUUCAUGAAUUCAUGCGCAUGCUUCAGCAUGAAUUGCAAAGCAGAACGAAAAACACUUCUGUGGACGGUUUCUUUCGAUAUCUUUUCGUUGGAAAAUGCAAAAGAUACAUCAAAUGUAUCAACGUGGACCAUGAAAGUAGCCAAGAAGAAAAUUUCUCGGACGUUCAACUGGAUAUCAAGGAUUUUCAAGGACGACCCUUCAAAACGCUACAAGAGUCUUUGAAAGCUUAUGUAGCGCCACAGAAAAUCGAUGGCGACAAAAAACACUACGCUGGCGAUGACCAUGGUCUACAAGAUGCUAACGAAGGGACUGUCUUCAUAGAGUUUCCCCCCGUUCUUCACCUCCAUCUCAAUCGAUUUGAGUAUAAUUUCCAGGAAGACAAGCAGAUCAAGAUCGAUGAUCCACUUGAAUUUCCCUCCAAGCUGGAUCUUGCACCUUACUUAGACGAGUCAGCUGACAAAACAGCCAACUGGAACUAUCGCUUACAGGGUGUAUUGGUCCAUUCAGGAGAAGCACAAGAGAUAAAAUACUUUGCCUUCAUCCAACCACACCCUCAAUCAAAAUGGUAUAAGUUUGAUGAUGACCGAGUCAUCCCUGUCACAGCUGGAGAAGUUUUGAAAAGUUCGACAAAUGUCCAUAUGCUGGUGUACAUUAGAGAAUCCAAAGAAGCGGCCAUUCGGACUACGAUUACCCAGGCCGACACGCCUACUCAUUUGAAAUCUUUACUGCAACAGGAACAGAGGCUCCACGAACAGAAGAAGAAGGAAGAUGAAGAAAGGCAUCUUUACCUCACCACAAAGAUUGUCACAGAGGAAACCUUCCGAGUAUUUCAAGGCUUUGAUCUGGCGCUGUUUGAUGAUAAAACGAUGCCUCCCUCUGAUGUUCCGACAUUCAGAGUUGCUAAAAAGCAACGUUUCCUGGAUUUCAAAUCGACACUUGCACGAGACCUAGGCUACCAACCUGAGCGAAUUCGUCUUCGACCAUUAUUGGUGCCCGUAGAUCGGCCACGCGCUGCUGUGCCAGAAAAUGAUCAGGCGCUAACAAUGGAGGUUAUACGUGACACAGCAAUGGCCUCAUCAACUCAAGAUCUCAAGCUGUAUCUGGAAAUCCUCGACCCCGAGCAUGAAGCAGAGGCAGCUGAAUCUGAGGAAAGGCAGGUUAUGAUCAUGGUCAAGUAUUUUAAUGUCUCGGAUCAGGCGUUAUCCGGAAUCGGCCACUUUUGGGUUAAGGAGGGCCAAAGAGUAGCAGACUUGGUCUCUCUUAUUAAUGCUCGCAUGAAAUUUCCCAAGGGGAGUCGUCUGAAGAUGUACGAGGAACGCAGACCUGGCAGAAUAGUUUUGAUGGACCCCAACACUACAUUCGGGGAGGCUCAAAUGCUGGAUGGUGACAUCAUUUGCUUCGAAAUUGAAUUUUCCGAUGAAGAACUUGAGAAACUUGGAAGACAGCAUGCGUAUCUUGAUCCGGUGUCAUUCUACGAUUUUUUGGCAAAUCGGGUUCUGGUUCGAUUCAAACCCCGUCAUACCAACAUGGCUAAGAUGAUCGAGUUUGACAUCCCUUUGAGCAAAACUCUUACAUAUUCUCAAAUGGCCCAUCUAGUGGGAAAAAGACUACACCGUAAUCCUGCCAGGCUCCGAUUUAUUAACAGUGAACAAGGCGAUCCCCACCACGUGAUUCGUCGACGGGGGACCGUGGCUGACAUGAUCGAGUCGUCGGAUAACGAUUGUAUCAAUAACAUUCUGUUUUACGAACUGUUGGACUUGCCUGCCGAUGAGGUUGAAGCGAACCGCAAGGUGAAGAUUACAUGGACUGGUGCUCACAAUCGAGAAGACGGAAAUUAUUUAUUCUUGAUGCCAAAGACUGCUUCGAUUCAGGAUGUUAUUGAUAAACUCAUGCAACUUUCCACGUUCAUCACUUUCUCGAAGAACUCGACGCGAAAAAUUAAACUUUUUACUUUCCACGAUGGCCAGAUUGAGAAACAGUUUUCGGGAGAAGAACUUUUGAUAAAUGUGGCCGAUCUCGAGAAUCUACAUGCCACAGAACUCAAAACGGUGACGACACAGUAUGACCCAGUAGCGAUGCUGAAGAUGCUUCAAUUUGUCAAAAAGUUAAAUGUGGAUGGAACCAACCACCAGACUUGGCUCAAGACGGUGGAGAGUAUCUUGGGAAUGACUACAGGCAAGGUGAAUCUGUUGACAUCGCCGGACCAGACGAUAGGGUGCGCGGAAGACCUGAUAAUCAAACAAGCGAUUGCGGCUUCGGUAGAUGAUGCACUUGUACUAACCGUUGUCGAAGCCGAAUCUGGAAUGGAGGCCUUCGAAAAGAUCCAGAAGCACUGGGGCAGUCGAAAUAAGCAGGUUAUGAUCAUGAAAGAGAUCCUACAGACGAGAUUCAAGAUCUGCGAUGCAACCGCAGACAUCGGAAGCCAUUUCCAGGUCAUCAAGAAUCUAGCCGGAAGGCUGUUCAAAUCCGGGUUCGAGCUCACAAAGGAAUCAUUCAUCGGUCUUCUCUUCCACCUCUCGCUACCCAGGCUUGAUAUCCCUCCUUUUGGAAACAUCUCUCGAAGGAUUGACGCGCGUCCUGGAGGUGCGGCAACGAUUUCCAAUGACCAGUUGGUUCAACUCGCUCAAACCGAGCUGCAAAAGUUCCGUAAAAAUCGCAAAACCACUUCGGCCACCUCAAACUCAAACCCGACUGAGCCUUCUUCAUCCACCGGAAAAAGCAUCAAUCGUGGACCACAGACGUCAAAGCCGUGCCAUAAUUGCUCACACUAAACCCCUGCGCACCGUCCAGAUAAAUCUCGAAAAAAAAACAUAGCAGCCCUCGUUUGAAGAAGAGUACACUCAUGGUUCGGGCGCUCGCAUUGCGAUAGGGAACACUUGAAUGUUGCUUGGUGUGCUGAUGUUGGGUUGCAAAUGGGCUUGCUUUAAAAUUGUAGUAGUACUUUAUUUAUCAAACACCAAUCUCGGAUUUUUGGAGUUGUCAAAAUUGGCUCUCUUCCGAUUCUUCUUGUACACAAGCUUUCCUACGAAUAUGAUGACAUCUUGUAAUAUUACUGGAAGUUCGCCAAGAUCUACUUCCAUUGUUGACAAUCAUCGUGGGCAGAGGCCUGUGAUUAUGAACGUGGCCACACCUAUGUUUAGAUAAUGGGAGUAACUCUUCUUUUGUCAGGUUUCUCUUGCCUGAAAUACCCAAUCUUUGCCCCUGAAAACGUUGGCUACAUAACAGAGAUCCGUGCUGGCCAACUUUAUGAUUUUUCCAAAUUUGCUGUGUAUGAUGUG